GAAGAACCUUCAGCGGUUGCCAUGAGCAGUCCGGCCGUCGACCGGUAAUGCGCGGCGGCCGCUCGACGAUGACCCGGGCUGGACGCCGCGUGGAGCCCGCCUGGUUCUUGGCCGUGGCUUGUUUGCUCAGCGCUGGCAGUGCUGCUCCGCUCCCACCACUCGAGCCACAGGUGUUUUUGGAAAAAUAUGGCUACCUUCGAGACGACGACUUCAUCCACAAUGCAGUUGAGCUGCGGUCAGCAAUCCGGGAGUUCCAGUGGUUGUCUCGUCUACCUGUGACAGGUGAAUUAGACAGCGCCACCCUGAGGCAGAUGGCCGAACCGCGCUGUGGCGUGUCGGAUGAGGGCAGCCAGCAGGUGUGGGCUCAGAGGGUGAACCUCAUCUUCACUGCGAGGAGUUCCGCUGCAGCACUGCCGUGGCUCCGCAGGAAGCGCUCCGCGGGAAAAGCUGACAAGUGGUACAAGCAUCACCUGUCCUACCAGAUCGUGAACUGGCCCCUCCACUUGUCUCUGGGCUCAGUGCGACUGGCAGCGAGCGCCGCUUUCCAGCUGUGGAGCAACGUGUCAGGCCUGGCGUUCCGGGAGGCCCCUGAAGGGCCCGCAGACAUCCGCCUGGCCUUUUACGAGGGGGACCACAACGACGGCGCCGGCAACGCCUUUGACGGGCCAGGGGGAACUCUGGCUCACGCCUUCCUGCCCCGCCGAGGGGAAGCCCACUUUGACAAGGCCGAGAGGUGGACCCUAAACGGACAUAAGGGCCACAAUCUGUUCAUGGUGAUGGCCCACGAGAUCGGACACACUCUGGGUCUGGAGCACUCGCCCGUGCGUCACGCUCUCAUGUCGCCGUACUACAAGAAGCUGGGUCGCAGUCUGGUCAUGAGCUGGGACGACACCCUGGCCGUGCAGCAGCUGUACGGUAAGCCGGCAGGUGAUCGGCUUGUGCGCCUGCCGGGUGAGGUGUUGCACGCCGCGCUGCAGGAGUGGGAGUUCAUGGAUGUCCACAACGGGCACGAGGGCGGCCUGCCUCUCUACUGCCAGUCUGGCGUGUUUGACGCCAUAACUCUCGACCCGAACGGGACAGUGCUGGUGUUCCGAGGCAGCGUGUACUGGAGCGUGUCGGCUGAGGGGAGCGUGAGCGGCCCGCAUCCUCUUCGCCAGCGUUGGGCUGACCUCCCGGCGGCCAUCGAGGCCGCUGCCUUCUCACCGCUGGACGCAAAGUGGUACUUCUUUAGAGGGAAGCGCAUAUGGCGCUACACGGAACAAGUGCUUGACACCGGCUUCCCCCGUCAGAGCACUGAUGUGGGCCUACCUCGCCACCCGGACUGCGCCUUCUUCUACGCCCCUUUGGGACAAAUGGUACUGCUCAAGGGGUCUCGCUACUUUGUCCUCAACUUGCAAACCUUUAGCCGAGAGCCUUACUACCCCCGCAAGCUGAAAGACUGGACUGGCGUGCCACAGGGUACCAACGGGGCGCUGAGCCGGCCUGACGGGCGCCUCUACCUUUUCAGGGAGCGCCACUUCUGGAGGUUUGACCUGGUAAAAGUGCGGGUCACUAGAGUGGGCCAGUGGUCCAAAGAGCUGAGUUGGACUGGUUGUAGUGAAGCUCCUCGAAGCAAUGCCAUCCUUUGACCAGUAGAGGGAGCUGCUUUAUCUUUUGCAGGGGCACAAGAAGGGACGCUCAGUUACCACUGUACUGUUUUUCCAUUUGAUAGUUUUAUAUUUAUAGCCUAAAAGUGUUUUUUAUAGCAUUAUUUACUGUACAUAUGACUUUAAUACUGUAUUAGCGUACUUUAGUGAUAGACUAGGAACACAACUCCGUCAGGGUUAUGUGUCUAAUGUAAAAAGCCAGUUAAUAUUACUGCGCAAUUGUAGCCAUGUUUGAACAACUGUGUGGACUGGGAAUUUAAGUGAACAUACGAAUUGCUACAAUAUCAAUAUCACUCAUUAGUAUUUGAAAGCUUUUAAUUUGAUGAGCAUGUCUAACACUAGAUUGUUGACGUUGAAGAAUUUGACACGGCUGAGCAAAUCUAAACGUCAACAGCCGGGUGAACCACAACAUCGAUCAGGUCUGGUUUUGAAGGCCGAGAAGUAGCACUUUGAAAAACACUGCGAUGAAUCUACAAAGGAGUUGUCAGGACAAUUUUUGCACAACCACUUUGUCAUAACAAAUAAAUAAAAAGUGUUUUUUGGAACAAUACAGUAUAUCAUACACCCAGAAAGGGUGUAUGAUAUGAAGACGUGUGUCCUCCACACAAUUUACAGUUCACAUCUUGUAAACAUACAAAUAAUACCAUUUAUUAGGUGUAAGAACAAAUACUGGAGGAAAGGAUUUUUUUGGGGGGCCAAAUAUUGAUGCUAUUCAUCUUACUUUCAGACACAGCUUCCAUCUUAAGACUUUUUUUUUUUUUUUGGGAUAAAGAGUUAAAAUAUUUCCUAGUCACAGAAUAACACAUUCAAACGCAUCAUUAGUUUGAUCUACCUAGGUACACAAAACACUUGAACAUGUAAAUCUGUCCGCUUAUCCUCACGAGGGUCGCGGCCUGCAGGUGAGCUGGAGCCUAUCCCAGCUGACUUUGAGGAAGAAAAAAUGUACACCCUGGACUGGUUGCCGCAUACAGUACAGACAAACACCCAUUCACACAAUAUUAUUGUAAUAAAACUGUACACAAUGUGUACUGCAC